CAUGUUUGAAGCCAAUCUCAUUUGACAACAAGCUUCGUGGAGAGGUGGUCGGGAGGUGGGCGAGAUGAACAGACGAAAUGCAUCUCGUCAGAGAUCGGUGGCGACCGGGAAGGUGCGGCCCUUGACCCUCGGCACAAGCAGCGGCAAGCCGGGAGACUUUGGGCGAGAGAAUCAUCAGGCUCGCGCUGAUUGGCCAGAUCUGUGGAACAAGUCGAAGGCAGGCCGUCCUGGGGCAAACCUGUGCAUCGUCGUCGUCGACUCUUUUGUUUCCCCUCGUUGUGCUCAGAUCUCCUACAUCUCCUAAUCUCCACUCCACACACACAACCCACCACAACCAUGUCGUUCAGAAUGGCUACCUCGCGCAUUGCGCCCCGCAUGAUGUUCCGCCGCUCCAUGGCCACCACCGUCGAGUCGAGCAAGGGACCCAUCCAGGGCGGUACUGAGGCCAUCAGCGCCUCGAGACCCGUUCUCUCGCCCAACCAGACUUCGACCGUCAACGAGCCCGCAAAGGACGCCGACAGCAAGGUCAAGACUUUCCACAUCUACAGAUGGAACCCCGAUGCUCCCAGCGACAAGCCUCGCAUGCAGAGCUACACCCUCGACCUUAACAAGACCGGCCCCAUGAUGCUCGACGCCCUGAUCAGAAUCAAGAACGAGCUCGACCCUACCCUCACUUUCCGCCGCAGUUGCAGAGAGGGUAUCUGCGGUUCCUGCGCCAUGAACAUUGACGGUGUCAAUACUCUUGCCUGCUUGUGCCGUAUCCCCACCGACACCAAGGCUGAGAGCCGCAUCUACCCCCUUCCUCACACCUACGUCGUCAAGGACCUCGUUCCUGACCUCACCCAAUUCUACAAGCAGUACAAGUCCAUCAAGCCCUUCUUGCAGCGUGAGACCGCUCCUGAGGACGGCCGCGAGUACCGCCAGUCCCCUGCCGAGCGCCGCAAGCUCGAUGGUCUGUACGAGUGCAUUCUGUGCGCCUGCUGCAGCACUUCCUGCCCUUCAUACUGGUGGAACUCCGAGGAGUACCUCGGCCCCGCCAUCCUCCUCCAGUCCUACCGCUGGAUCGCCGACUCUCGUGACGAGAGAACCGCCACUCGCCAGGACGCUCUCAACAACUCCAUGUCGCUGUACCGUUGCCACACCAUUCUGAACUGCUCCAGGACAUGUCCCAAGGGUCUCAACCCUGCCCUCGCCAUCGCCGAGCUCAAGAAGUCCAUGGCUUUCACCUAAGCUAUGCUUCUCUUUACCAAAAUUUGAUCAAUCGUCCUUUUUCUCUCUACACGGUGUACAUUUUGGAGCGAGGGUACCCACAUCUGUUUCUUGUUUAGUUCUUUUUCUCAACCUUUC